AUGUUUUAUGUCACGGCGGAAUGGAUGUUAUCUGUUUCGGAAAUUGUAGAUGAUCGGCGUCCGAUUCGUAAAGAAUUGAAUAGACCAGACGAUUUGCAUAAUAUGCACAAUAAAUGGACGUUUCCAACAGCGUUACUUUAUGUGCUUACUGUGCUCACCACAUGUGUAGAAAAAAUCAUCACAGCAUGGCGUUCGCUCGAAAAGGAUUUAAAUUGA